AUGGCUGAAGGCGCAGGAGGUAUCGACCGCAAGGCGGAUGAGAGGAUGGAGUUUUCCACCUCCAAGGAGGUCACGGUCCACCCUACAUUCGAGUCCAUGUCGCUCAAAGAGAGCCUGCUUCGCGGCAUCUACGCGUAUGGAUACGAGACCCCAUCUGCCGUUCAAUCCCGAGCCAUCGUCCAAGUCUGCAAGGGCCGCGAUACUAUCGCCCAGGCCCAGUCUGGCACUGGCAAGACGGCAACCUUCUCCAUCAGCAUGCUGCAGGUCAUCGAUACGGCUGUGCGCGAGACCCAGGCCCUGGUGCUUUCGCCCACGCGCGAAUUGGCGACCCAGAUCCAGAGCGUUGUCAUGGCCCUGGGAGACUACAUGAACGUUCAGUGCCACGCCUGCAUCGGAGGCACCAACGUCGGCGAGGACAUUCGCAAGCUCGACUACGGCCAGCACAUCGUCUCUGGUACCCCCGGCCGUGUGGCCGACAUGAUUCGGCGCCGCCACUUGCGCACAAGACACAUCAAGAUGCUGGUUCUGGACGAGGCCGACGAGCUGCUUAACAAGGGCUUCCGCGAGCAAAUCUACGACGUCUACCGCUACCUGCCGCCAGCGACUCAAGUCGUCGUCGUCAGCGCCACACUGCCGUACGACGUGCUCGACAUGACGACCAAGUUCAUGACCGAUCCCGUACGCAUCCUCGUCAAGCGUGACGAGCUGACCCUCGAGGGUCUGAAGCAGUACUUCAUUGCCGUGGAGAAGGAGGACUGGAAGUUUGAUACCCUUUGCGAUCUUUACGACACCCUCACCAUUACGCAGGCAGUCAUUUUCUGCAACACGCGCCGCAAGGUCGACUGGUUGACGGACAAGAUGCGCGAGGCCAACUUCACGGUGAGCAGCAUGCAUGGCGACAUGCCGCAGAAGGAGCGCGACAGCAUCAUGCAGGACUUCAGACAGGGCAACAGCCGCGUUCUGAUCUCGACUGAUGUCUGGGCACGCGGAAUCGACGUCCAGCAGGUCAGCUUGGUCAUCAACUACGACCUGCCGAGCAACCGCGAGAACUACAUUCACCGCAUUGGUCGUAGUGGCCGUUUCGGCCGCAAGGGCGUGGCAAUCAACUUUGUCACCACCGAAGAUGUGCGCAUCCUUCGCGAUAUUGAGCUGUACUACUCGACCCAGAUCGACGAGAUGCCGAUGAAUGUUGCCGAUCUCAUCGCCUAG